AUGAGCGAGAGCCGCCCUCGCAAGCGCGGGCGCGAGGGCAAGGACGAAAUCCUCGACGGCGAUCUCAUCGCCCACGCGACUGCGGCAGCAGCGCUCGACGCCCGCGUCUCUGCCUUCGCUUCGUACCAGGAGGCGCUCGACGACGGCUUUGUGGCCGACCUGCAGAAGCAGCUAAUGGCGGUCUUCCGGAUGGGCGUCAAGCUGGAGAGCUGGCUAAACACUUACACGCCCCCGCUGGCGAGCGGAGGCAACGUCGGGGUGUCGGGCGAAGUGCAGGACGGCGUGUACGCGCACAUCCACGGCCUCUCCGCCGGCUGCAGCGAGGCUGGGGCGGCGCUGCACCGGAUGCUGGGCUACGAGAAGGAGUACGCGGUCCAGCGCACCAAGUGCACCGACGAGCGCACCUGGCAGCGCUUCCGCGGCACCCUUGAGGCGAACAUGCUGCACGACUUGGGCAAGACGACGCUGCAGAUGCACGCCGACCUGCUCAACGUCGCAAACUCAAUCAGUAAUAACCUCAGCCACCUCCGCACCGCCGCCUCCGAGGAGUCCAAACUCGCCGCAAUGUACUGAUCCUUCCCUCUCCCGCGCCCCGCCGCGCCUCGGGUUCGGCCGCUGAGCGUGGUCGCGGGUGGGGGUGGGGGCGAGGGGCGAGCGGAGCGUGCACCCCGAAACCCGCGGGGGAGCGCAGAGUUGCGAACCGCACUGAAAUAAAACCAUGACUAGUGAGAUGGGUAUAAGUAGAAAAAAGUUCGAGUAUUAGCAAGCAAAAAAGAAGCA